UCCGGCUUGCCGUCUUCGCAGGCAUGGCGGCCUCCGCGCUCCCCGCGUGGCUGGUUCUGCAGCCGGGGGCCAGGACCCUGCGGGCCUUCUCCACCGCCGUGUCUCUGGUCACUGGCGCUCCCGCACCAAGCCCGCGUACAACAGAAAGAACAUCCAAACAUGAAAGGCCACUGAGAAGAAAGGCACUACCUCCUAGGACAGAGAAAAUGGCUGUUGACCAGGACUGGCCUAGUGUUUACCCCGUUGCAGCACCAUUUAAGCCCUCUGCAGUACCUCUUCCUAUUCGAAUGGGUUAUCCAGUAAAACAGGGGGUGCCCAUGGCAAAGGAGGGAAAUCUAGAACUUUUAAAGAUCCCCAAUUUUCUGCAUUUGACUCCUGUAGCAAUUAAAAAGCACUGUGAAGCUCUUAAAGAUUUCUGCACUGAGUGGCCAGCUGCACUGGACAGUGAUGAGAAAUGCGAGAAGCAUUUUCCAGUUGAAAUUGAAACAGCUGAUUAUGUUUCAUCAGGACCAUCUGUUCGAAACCCCAAAGCACGAGUAGUAACCUUAAGGGUUAAACUUUCCAGUUUGAAUUUAGAUGAUCAUGCAAAGAAGAAACUUAUUAAACUUGUAGGGGAGCGAUACUGCAAGACCACAGAUGUGCUUACCAUCAGAACAGAUAGGUGCCCUUUAAAGAGACAGAAUUAUGAUUAUGCAGUGUAUCUGCUAACAGUUUUGUACCAUGAGUCUUGGAAAACCGAAGAAUGGGAGAAAAAUAAGACUGAAGCAGACAUGGAAGAGUAUGUAUGGAAAAAUAGCUCCUCAGAAAAAAAUGUCCUGGAAACACUUCUCCAAAUUAAAGCUGCUGAGAAAAAUCUGGAAUUAAAUAAAGAAGAGCUCCUUGGUACUAAAGAAGUUGAAGAUUACAGAAAGUCUGUUGUCACUCUUAAGAACGAGGGGGACAAUGAAAAUACCCUUUCUCAGUACAAAGAAUCAGUGAAGAGACUGUUAAAUUUGACAUGAAUUAUGUAGAAAAAUCUGCUUGAUUUAUUAAUUUUGUGAUAUAUAUGUAAUCAUUAUCUAAUUUGAUAUAAAGUUGAAAAUGUUAAAAAACCAUUGUUUUACAUCAGAGUUAAAAUUAUUCUUUUCAUACUGUUGCACAAUGGCACUGAUGAUUCGAAAGUUUUCUUAUUUAUACCCUGGGGCAGUUAGACUAAUUACAUCUCUCUGAUUUCUUCUGGU